AUGCUCCUGGUUCUCUUGUGGCAUAUACUGGUUCUAAUCCAACUACCGGCUCUUUGCAGCAGCAAAUACGCAGGCCUUCGCGGUCCACAGAAAUUCCAGGCGCUUCUGCCUGCGUUGAGCCAGCACACACUCUGGACACACAAUCAACAAGACUGCGCUCAGUCGUUGUCUGCAUACGUCCAGGAAUGGGAGGAGUACGACUCAUCAAACCGAUUAGAUGCGCUCUGUCUAAAACACCAAGAAUGCAUCCUCCAAAAUACGAGCGAGAGCCAAAAGUCCUUCAUGGCCAGUUCGGCGCUCGUCCUCGGCCUAAGCCCCAUCAUCCUGUCCACGCUCGGCCCGACAGUCAGCGAGAUUGGCCUUAUUUCUCUGAACCGGCCAUUUCUGUCACUCCUUCUCACCCUCGGCACCGUUGGCGUUUAUCCCUCGCGCAUUCUUUCGUACGAAGACGACUCGCCCCUUGACAUCGCCAGGAAGCCGUCCCUAUUUCCGAAGUGGGCCCUUCGGCGCCUGUGUAUCCGCCGCUGGGCCGCCUUGCUCGUGGUUCGCGCGCAGUACGUCAUCGUCAGCAUCGCCGUCUUCAACGUCUGCUACACCUCGUGGCAGCUGGGUGUCGCCACCGUGCUCAACUUCAUCUGCCAGAGCUCGUACAUGCCCAUCGUUUGGACAGUGCUGCCCUUCUUCGUGCACCUGCCCGCCGCCCUGGCAUUGAGAGCCAACACUCCGUCCAAGUCUCUGCGAUCCGCAUUCGCUUUGGAGUUCAAGCUGAGUGCUUUCCACAAACCUGUGGACGCCAGUACCUUGGUUCCGGAUCCCAAAUUGUUGCUAUGGCGAGGAUUUUGCAACCGUAUUUUCUUUGAUACAUAUGACCGUGGGUAUCGUUAUAUUUUCUUCGCUGCUGUUCACCAAGACGGUUGA